UAAUAUAUUGUACGUGUGAUACUUUCUGUGGGAAAAUUUCAUAUAACAUUUAUUCAAGCAUUUAUGUCAAAAUGUUGGCCAUAAAUACGGCGAACGUUAUAAAUUUGUUAAUUACAACGUUUCACAUUGCAAAUCUCGCUGUCACUCCUGUUAAUCAUCGUGAAGUAGAACUCCACGAUGCAAUUUCAAAUUUAAUAAGGGAUUCUCUAAAAGACGAUAUUACGAUUGAAUAUGAUUGGGGACUUGAUUUUGAUGAUCCAUCGGAACCUCAAGCUGUACAGUUUGUAGAUUCGUAUGAUCCUCAUGCUGAAGAAGAUAACUAUGAAGAUGAAGUUUGUAUUGUAGAUGACGAAGGUGGAAGUGUAGAUUUAAAUUAUAAAAAAAAGCGGUUGAAUAUUGGAACAGUGGAAAAAAAAGACGUUUAUCCGUUUCUGUUGUACAGAAUCGUUUUAGAAAGGUAAAACAUGUUUCGCAAUUGUACAGAUGGCAGGAGUAUAUAAUGCGUGGAGGGACAAACAAAGACAAAUUGAUAUUCAUUGCCGAAUAUGUAUUAAUAAAAUUUCAAGAAACUAUUGAUAGAGGAUCUAUUAUUCAUGACAUCGAUUUGCGAAGGUGGGCGCUAGAAGCAAAGAAGCAAGUGAAUUUUGCUACAUUUAAAGCAGGACAUUGGUGGAUAUGGAAUUUUAAAAAAGCUCAUCGCAUUACAUCACGUAAAAUAACAAAAUUUAAAACGCAAUCUAAUUUACAAGCUGAUGCACUGAUACGUCAAAAUGCAGAAGAAUUUGUGACAAAUGUAAAACCACAUAUUGCUAUAACUGGUGAAGGAUCAACUUAUAAUGCAGAUGAAAGCGGUUUUAAUCUAGAAAUACAUUCUGGAAGAACAUUAACUAAUAUGGGAGUAAAGACAGUCGAAGCUACUGUUCAAUCUUUAUCUUCUAUAAGUCAUAGUUAUACUAUUAUGCCAAUUAUAUCUGCGGACGGGUAUCUUCUUUCGCCUCUAUAUAUAGUCUUAAAAGAAACUACUAGGUCGUUUGGACCACGAGUAGAAGAAACUCUUUUUCGACCUGCUAAUGUUUAUAUUGCGGCUUCAAAAUCCGGAAAGCUCACAACCCAACACUUUAAAAAUUGGUUUUUAGAGGUAUAUCUUCCGAAUACUAAAGAGAAAAGUUUGCUGUUGCUAGAUUCAUGGACAGGCCAUUGCCCGGAACAGUUAAUAGAACUUGUACCAAAAGACAAACAAGUAAAUAUUUUAACAAUACCAAAAAAAACAACUGCUUUUAUACAACUUUUAGAUGUUUUUGGCUUUAGAAUCUGGAAAAAUUUUAUUCGAAGCUUCUCUGAUAAUGUUAUUUUAAAUAAUUACGAUAUAAAUUUACAUUUACGCAAUAACAUUAUAAAAUUACAGUCUUUGGCACACAAUCAACUUUCUUCUCCAAGAUUUCGAAAUUUAUUUAAAUAUAGUUGGUAUAAAAGUGGCUAUUUAUCAACACGGCCUGAAAAGUUUGAAAAUCCAAUCAAUUACUGUUAUUUUAAAGAAAAAAAACAUAUACCGAAAUGUAGCAUUUGUGAUAAAAUGGCUUUUAUACGUUGUGCAUGGUGCAAAAAAUACUUCUGUUUUGAACACUUCUUUGAACAAUACCAUUAUUGUAACAAUUAUAUAGAAUAAGAGAAGUCGUAGCCAAAAUUAGCGGGCCGAUAAAAUUGACAGCAUACCCUGUAA